GCCUCCGAGCGCGGCGGGCCCAGACUCUGAUCACGUCCCGGCGCCCCGGUCUCCUCCUCCUUGUCCUGCUCCGCGCGUCCCGGGGCCGCCGCGCGCCAUGCGCCCCCAGAGCCCCGCCGCCGCCUCCGCGCAGCGGCUCCUCGGCCUCCUGCUGCUCCUGCUGCUGCAGCUGCGGGCGCCGUCGAGCGCCUCCGAGGCCCCCAAGGGGAAGCAAAAGGCGCUGCUCCGGCAGAGGGAGGUGGUGGACCUGUAUAAUGGAAUGUGCUUACAAGGGCCUGCAGGGGUACCUGGGCGAGACGGGAGCCCUGGGGCCAAUGGCAUUCCUGGUACCCCUGGGAUCCCAGGUCGGGAUGGAUUCAAAGGAGAAAAGGGGGAAUGCCUGAGGGAAAGCUUCGAGGAGUCCUGGACACCUAACUACAAGCAGUGUUCGUGGAGUUCGCUGAAUUAUGGCAUAGAUCUUGGGAAAAUUGCGGAGUGUACAUUUACAAAGAUGCGUUCGAACAGUGCUCUGCGAGUUUUGUUCAGUGGCUCACUGCGGUUAAAAUGCAGAAACGCCUGCUGUCAGCGUUGGUAUUUCACGUUCAAUGGAGCUGAGUGUUCAGGACCUCUUCCCAUUGAAGCCAUAAUUUAUUUGGAUCAAGGAAGCCCCGAAAUGAAUUCGACAAUUAAUAUUCAUCGCACUUCUUCUGUGGAAGGACUUUGUGAAGGAAUCGGGGCCGGAUUAGUGGAUAUUGCUAUCUGGGUUGGUACUUGUUCAGAUUACCCAAAAGGAGACGCCUCUACUGGAUGGAAUUCAGUGUCUCGAAUCAUUAUUGAAGAACUACCAAAAUAAAUUCUUUAAUUUUCA